AUAUGGUGAGUUAGCACCCGCACCUGAAGAUGUGAAAGCAAUUAGCCCCGGCACGGCCUGGCCUAGCUCGCUUUGGCUCGACGGUCUGUUUCCAAUAUCCCUGAUAUCCAGCAUGGACAUGUAUUUCUUUGGAAUUGAGUGAACAACUGUUUUUAAAAACUUCGGCUACAAGAUUGCUACUUUGAAACGAUUUGGCUAAUGUGUUUCAGCACAGGUGUUUCUCAGUUAUGAUGGUAGAUAAUUGGCUGUGGCCAAUUUACACCCUAGCGAAAAAGAAGGGCUACGCAGUGCAGCCUUCCUGACUUAGGCUACCCAAUAUGUGGCGUUUCCAGCCGAUGCCAGAACCUGAAUUGUAUGCCACAGCGGUAACGUGGCAGUCGAUUCCUUUCCAAAGCCAAUACCAAGAUGGCAGUGCUGUCUGUAAACUUGAUUAUCCCCACUGGUCCAAAAAUGUUGCGAAGAAGUUUAUGCUCUACAGGUCCUUGUUUGAUUUGGUGAACUCUGUGUAUUGUCUGGAGUUGGAAGACAAGAGGUUACUGACAUGGUUCUCCAGCCUCUCAAAUGAGGAUAGGAAAGUAAUCCAUGACGAGGGAGGUCUUCAUCAGUUUCUUCUAAAUCAUCCUGCUCUUGAUAUUGCUAAGCCUAUCGGAAUAGUCCAUGUAAAGCCACAGAUAAGAAGAGCUGCUGAAGAAAUAGCUUCACAGUUGAACAAAUCCAGAUUGCCAGCAUUUCAUGGGGUGUCUCGGUGUAAAAAGUGUGGGACAAGUUGUCCUUCAGGGUCUGAAACAUGCAGAACCUGUUUUGUUCAUUCCCCAGCAGUUGAGGAGAGGAUGUACUUGACAGAACAAAAGGGCGGGGCCACUGUAAUACCAAGAGAUGCCAAGGAGGACCGAAAUAUGCUGACCAGUAGCCUUGGUGCUCCUGGUGACCACCAGGUGGCUCAGGGCGGCUUCCAGUCAGCUCUUGACGACAGCCGCACUUCACUGACCUCUCCUGGCCCAAGAGGAGGCGCACGUUUCUCCAAGGAGUGGCGAGAGGGUCGGAGCAGCGUUCAGAGUGUAACCACAAGUGCGUUCAAAGACACAUCAGUGCAGGCCAGCUUCUCCCUGGAUAUGGAGCUGGAGAGUCACAGUAAGAUGGCUGAGGGCAGUUCCCCUCCAGCUUACCCCGUCCUCCAAACACAGUUCAGGAAUGUCACAGACAACAGGAGCUGUCUGGAUCUGCAGAAAGAGACUCCCCCAGAAUACCACAGCUUCCACAGCAGCUUGUCCACCGAGCAGGCUAGUGUUGACUCCCUCAUGGCCACAAGGGGCAGCACAGAGAAUAGCCUGAUGACACCCACUGCUGGGUUGUUCCCUAGUGAAAUCUCAGUGUCAUGCCAGAAGUACCCUUCGGAGUGGACCAACCUGGACACUAACAGCCUGCAGAAAAAGACCAGAGAUAAUUGCAUCAUGAAGGAGUCUGUCAACUCCGAGCCGUGGCUCAACUGCUCAGUCACUCCAGAGAAACCCCAUGCUUCCCCAUCUCAGAAACCACAUGUGGAUCUGCCCUUGAAGCUGGACAUCAAAAAGAGUCUGCAAACCCCAUCUAGAGACGAGCAGUCAAUGGCCGAGUCCUUCAUGUCGAUCAGUCCAGACAAGUCUGGAGUCCUAAUGCCAGUAUCAGCUGCUCCUGCCACUGUGAACCAGAUGGUAGAUGCCAGUGGCGACUUGCGAGCCCGUUUCACGUCUACGCAGGAGUGUGUAGCCGCCCCAAGGACCACGGACGCCUCCACUGAGAUGGACUCUCCCAUGUGCUUUGAUCAAGACACCCAGACCUCACAGGCCUCCACUGAGAUGGACUCUCCCAUGUGCUUUGAUCAAGACACCCAGACCUCACAGGCCUCCACUGCUGACAAGAGUGUCAUCACGGAGGUCCACAUGGCAGAUCUCAAUUACCUUACUAAGGAGUUUUUGCGACUGAAGUCAGUGGAAGAGGAACUGGAGCAGCUGAAAGCCAGCCAGCUGGAUUCCAACAACACAAAAUGUGGGUGUGAGUGUGGUCAGAGGCUGCAGCAGGCAGAGCUGAAGCUGUUGGCUCUGCAGUACUCCAUGUGCCAGGAUCACUGCUGGAGGAGAUACUACACCUCGGUACAGGGGGAGAGCCAGCUGCAAUGCACUGGUGGGGUCCCUGAGAGCUUAGCUGAGACUCUGCGGGCCCUGGAGCAGGAUUACAUCCAGCUGAGGAGGCAGGUGCUCUCAGGGAUUGCUCUGGAUGAGUUAAACCCGCUCUCUGUGGACACCCAGAGACUCCACAUAGAGGCACCGUACACCCCAGCACAGAAAAUUAAUGAAUAUCUGGAAGAUGAGAGUCCACUUGAAUUUCAGUCUCAUCUUCAUAGUGAAACAGAAGACACACAAAAGCACUUCAAUUCACUUGAAGGUGAAAGGCCUGCCACAAAUAUAAAAUCCCAGAAGGAUGCCCCGGGUAAGCAUGCAGUGCCACACACAAAGCCAGGUGGUGUGAAAAGCUCCAAAAUGGUGUCUGUGAAGACCCAGAAGUCCGACCCAUCCCAUGGAUCCACCAGACCGGGUGGUGGUGAGGGAGUAAAUGUUACCAGCGAGGCCUGGUACGAUGCAGAGGAGGAACUUGGGGCUGCUGGCCAAAGCCUGAAAGAGGAGCGGCUCAGAAAAGCAACUGAGAGUGAGAGAAACAGAAAAGUGGAAGAUGGUGAUGGUGUCAGUUCCAGUGGCCACUUGCAUGUUACAGACUUCCAUCAAGAUGUAACUGAGGAGGAUCUGUUCCUUGCAUUUAAGAAAUGUCAACCGAGAGAUGUUUGUUUCACAAUGUCGGACAAGUCCAGGAGUGGCAAAGUGACGGUGAGCUCUCCUGAAAAUGCUGUGGCGGCGGCGCGAGAGCUCAGCGGCACCUCCAUCCACGGACAGCCCGUCCAGGUGAGGCGCGUCAGCAGACUACCUGCAGCAGGCCCUGAGGGGGAGCACACCUUCAAGAAGCCCCACGUUCCCUCUGCCCCCACACCAGCACCCUCAGGAGACGUGGCCAAGCUUGGGGGCGUGAAGACAAGCACUCCAUACAACAUGUCCCCCAAACCUGUUCGCUGUCUUAUAGAAAAGCUCUUGAACAUCAGUGAUGUGCCUACGGCCACGGGCACCUAUGUGCCACAGCAGCCGCCUACCAACACCACCACGGUCACCUUUGGCACGCUCAUGAGGCAGCUGUCAGAGCUUCACCCAUCAGUGGCUCGGGAGAAGAUUGUGGAGGCGCUGCUGGAACUGCGCACCCAACACCGCGGCUCCCUCAACUGCCUGUCACUGUGCACUCUUGUGGAGAUGACCUCUAAACUCCUUUCUGCGCAGGCCUCAGACUCUGUGAAAAAGGGCUAGGAGGGGAGUCUAGGAAAGGGGUUAGAAGGGGGUGAGAAGUCAUUUCUAGACAAAGAGGAAUUUGUAACCCUGUCUUUAUUUGUGAUUGUUUUUAAGUUUGUUUGGGGGGGGUUUGCAGAGGAAAAUAAUUUUGAUUUUAUAUUUCUGAUUCAGCUCUAGUUAUGUGUGGCUUUGUUUCUUUUUUCAAGUUCAAGUUUCUUUAUUUUUGUCACAUGCAUAGUCAUAGACCUACAACAGGCAGUGAAAUAAACUCCUGACUCCACUCCAACUGUGCCAUCACAUGCUAGUAAUAAUGUUAUAGAAUAGAAGUUAAGUUUAAAACAUGAAUAAAUAAGAAGCAAAAAAUACAGAUAAAAGCCCCCCCCCCCCCC